AUGUUUAAAAAUACGUUUCAGAGCGGUUUCUUGUCGAUUUUGUACAGCAUCGGAAGCAAGCCGUUGCAAAUUUGGGACAAGAAAGUGAAAAACGGCCACAUUAAAAGGAUAACGGACGAAGAUAUCCAGUCGCUGGUACUGGAAAUAGUCGGAUGCAAUGUUAGCACGACUUAUAUCACUUGCCCGGCGGAUCCCAGAAAAACGUUGGGUAUAAAACUGCCCUACUUGGUAAUGAUUGUGAAAAAUUUGAAAAAGUACUUUACAUUUGAAGUCCAGAUUUUGGACGACAAAAACGUCCGGAGGCGUUUCCGAGCGAGCAAUUACCAAUCGACGACUAGAGUGAAGCCGUUCAUUUGCACCAUGCCAAUGAGAUUAGACGAGGGAUGGAACCAGAUUCAGUUUAAUGUUGCUGACUUUACCCGAAGGGCUUACGGUACCAAUUACGUCGAAACUUUACGCGUCCAGGUGCACGCAAACUGUCGUAUACGUAGGGUGUAUUUCUCUGAUCGUUUAUAUUCUGAAGAUGAAUUGCCGGCGGAGUUUAAAUUGUUUUUGCCUAUACAAAAUAAAAAUCGGACUAUCGUGGCUGCGAAUUAGUGUUGACGUUGACAAAGGCGCGAAAUUUGAUCCAGGAAUUGCAUGACAUUGUAGCACCAAAACUAGCACGUCCCGAUUUAACUUAAACCACACCACAAACCCACUCAGGUCGCUAAGUGUUGAAUAAAUUUUGAUUA